UACACAUGUUACCAUCCCUCCAACCCCCUUUACACGUGCAUAUGGGUAUUUAUACAGUCAGAGAUGGACACCUUCCUUUCCUGCAAAAUUCAGACGUAAACACCACAAAAGGCAACAGGUGGGGUCUUCAUAGAACACAAGUUUCAGGAGAAGAAGGUUCAGCAAUGGCAGGAGCAAGCGGCAGCAGCAGGCUGCCGCCCAGGGAAACCACCAAGGCUUUCCAAACGGACAGCCACCUUCCAUCAUCUUCAAAGUCUGGUAACGCCAGCCUGGAUCGUAUCCCCUCUCUCAAGUUCCCGUUCCUAUGGGAGCCAAAGAAAACGCACAGGAUUAGCCGCGGCGCAGAUCAAAGGGUUGCCUUGAUCACCCUGGGAGCUACCAGCAUCAUACCCGAGAAGAAGCUGGGGCGUUUCCUAUUGGAGGAAGUGAAGAGCACUGACCUUCUGUUACCUCUGGCAUAUGAGAUCACAAGGACCAUGAUCCUGAGGCAGUUUGGAGCGGCACAGUUGGCACUGGAGAGGCAGUGCUGGUCCAAGAUCGUUGAGACAGUAAUCCACCAGGCCAUCAUCAGUUGCCAAUCCUUCACACUGAUUGGUGUGGCCGGAUCCCUUGUUGGGUCAGUCCCGUUGUUCGCUGAGGGUUGUGUUGGUGUGAUGAAGUCGUUCUUCAUGCAAUUCCAUGCCAUGUCCGGCACAGUAGAUCGGGGUGAAAUCAUAAAGCCGCUUAUUGAAGCAAUAUACAUGUUUCUGCUUGGCACCGCUCUUCUCAAGUUUGGCAUGGGGAUGUACACCAUGUUUUAUGGUUCUCAGAGCAUUCAUACACCAGCUGGGCAUGUCAACACGCCCCAUUUAGGUGCAUUCAACCUAAAGAAGCUGAAAGAUGGGGCUAGGAUCAGGUCCAUCACCCAGGCAAAGACGAGGAUCGGCCACGCAAUACUCCUGCUGCUGCAGGUAGGCGUUCUCGAGAAGUUCAUGAGCGUGCCUCUGGUCACUGGACUUGACAUGGCCUGCUUCGCUGGAGCAGUGCUUGCAUCCUCAGCCGGCGUCUUCCUCCUGUCAAAGCUCAGUAUGGGUCAGCAACGAUUGAAGCAAAGCUGUGCUUGAGCAUAUCUCCGUGUGACAGCACAAGACAACGCAUCACAAGUAUGCAUAUACAGAAACCAGAGGAAAAGGAGGGAAGGGGUUCAGAACACGCAGGCUUGCAGUCCCAGUUUUUCAGUAGUAGUUUUGUCAGCGUGACGUUGCAUGCAUCCUGCGCUCCGGGUCAGCUGGAACGGCUCGCACCAUGCUCGCCACGGUGCUCGCCCAUUCCCUGCUCCACCGAGUCUUCAGGAUGUAGCGCACGACGCGCUCCCAAGGGCAUCCGCCUCGCUCGCCCGUCUCUACGCCUGUGCAAUACGAUAGGAAGUUGGUUAGAGCACAUGUUGUUGUACAUGUAUGAAAUAACCAUCCUGAGAUCAAUAGAACGUUUACGCGUUGGCUCUCA